AUUCAUUUUCUCUUUGUCUCUCUCUCUCUCAUUUGUUGUUGAUAGUUGAUACACUAGAAUUUUUUUUUCCAAUUUUUUCUACUCAAAUCCCCAAACUUGAUACUUCCGUUUUUUUUACUUGUAUCAAAUCUUCUAUUUUCCAUGAAUGUGGUUAUUUAUUUAUGUGUUGAUUUGUCUCCCCCAAUAGCUUAUCUGAAUAGAUGAAAUAUUCAAUCCUGCUGUGCCCACCCAAGGACCAAAAAACACAAAAUAUUGGUCUCUUGAAUGCAGAUGCAGUAAGGUUUCGUUGCUGACAACGUUUCCUUAUCAUAAAAUCUUGGUGAUUUCCAUUCAGGCUUAAAAGCCUUUAUUGCAGGUAUGAAUUCAACCUCAAAUGGCCAAUCAUCAAUUUCUGAUGAUGGCAAGCCAGUUCCGCAAACCCAACUACCAGCACCCCCACAACAACCACCUGUUCCCACGAACACAGACGCAAUGACUGGUGACACUCAAGACCAGCCUCGCACUCGGACUGGGACUCAGACUCCGCCUCGGACUCCAACUCGGGUUAAGCGUCAAUCUUGGUCUCGGAUUCUAAGUGGCGGGGACAACUUAGUUAAGCUGGCGAAGCCGCUCCUAGCCGCGAAUUUCGGUGCAGUCAUAUCUCUGGUGACUUCCAGAUUAGACGGAUCGCGGUUUCACUAUUUGAGUUCAAAGCUAGCAGAUGCAAAAUCAUUUGAUACUGUUGUGGCUUGUUUUGCAAUUGGUUUCACUUGUAAUAUGCAUGUGAUGUUGUUGCAAAAGGAUUCGCCAAUCGCUGCAAGAAUAGGGGGGUAUGCUGGCGCGUUGUCGUCCGUCAUUGGAUUCUUGACCAUGAUACAAAUACUUCUACCUCCUGCCCUCUUGUGGAUUGUUUGGUCUGCUGCUGUUUCUAUCUUCCUAUCAUUUCUCUAUAACCUUGCAAACAACUGGUUUGAUACAGAAGAUGAGAACGUUGAUACUGAAGGUCAGAACGUUGAUACUGAAGGUGAGAACGUUUUGUUCUAUUGGGGGGGAGAGAUUGUGUCUGAUCACGAAGGUGUGUCUUACAACUGCGAUGCGAAGAAGUUGUGUAAGGUGGAAAAGGGGACAACAUUGCGCCAGUUGAAGGCGAUGAUCAAGCCCGAGAUGGCCCUGAAUGAAGAAAACGUGCAACUGAAGUUCAACUAUAGGAUCCCACGUCAGCAGUCCUCCGGAUUGAGGUUUAAAGAUCAACUUUCGAGAAACUCGGUUACCCGGAGUUGGAUUAUCAGAGUUAUUCAUGAAAGAGGCAGUUCAAGAAACCAUCUCUUAUAUCUUGGAACGCUUUUGGGAGAAGACUUAAAAACCGGGCUACCUAUUGUUGAGAAAGGUAGAAUUACUUCGAUUAAAUCAAAAUUAUUGGACUUGCCCAUUUAUUACAUGUCUUGAUUCAGAAUUCCAACAAAGUAUGACAAAGGCUCUUGAGAAAAUUUGAAAAAUGUUUUUUGAAGGGUGACAGUGAAGAUGAAGGAAAUUACAUCAUUUUAAGAUGAUGAAGGAAAAUCAUCAUUCUAGAGGUUCCGGAGUCAAUCAUGGAAUCUUUGGCCUAUUAGGAGCUACUAAGUAACUUGGAAGGAAUUUACUACCGAGUCCUUAUGAGGGAGAGGUCAAUGGAGUCAAAGCUGUGAGUAGGACUCUCAUUUGGAAUGACAUUAUUCUAUAUCCGGUGUGGAUAGGAUUACAAACAAGUUGAGUUAAUACUAAGUUGUAAGCUGUUUAAGUAUAGCUUGAAAACUUAACGGGUUUCUAAGCGUGCGACUUAUUUACAUAACUAUUUUUUAAAA